AUGCAGCGCAUCAGCAACUCCCAGAGCAGCCAGCACCACGUCCAGUGGCCCAGGGCCUGCCCCGGCACGGGCGAGGAGCAGCCAGCAUGCUCCCAGCCACCCCCGCCCCUCACGCUGCCAUCCCCCAGCCACCAACUGCAGCAGCUGAUGCAGGUUCAGACCCAGAGCCCCACAUAGCCCAGCCCCAGGCCAGGGCAUGCCCUGCAGAAUGUGCGUGCAGGGGCUCCUGGCCCUGGGCUGGGCCUCUGCAGCAGCAGCCCCACGGGGGGCUUCGUGGAUGCCAGCGUGCUGGUGAGGCAGAUCAGCUUGAGCCCAUCCAGUGGCGGACACUUUGUGUUUCAGGAUGGGUCAGGACUCACCCAGAUCGCCCAGGGAGCCCAGGUUCAGCUCCAGCACCCGGGUACGCCCAUCACAGUCCGAGAGCGGAGACCCUCCCAGCCCCACACACAGUCAGGGGGCACCAUCCACCACUUGGGACCCCAGAGCCCUGCAGCCGCGGGUGGGGCUGGCCUGCAGCCCCUGGCCAGCCCAAGCCACCAAGGGAACAUGAUGGAUUUCUUAGCUUUCAAGGAGAGACUGUAUGGACCAUUACAAGCAUAUCUUAGGCAGAAUGAUUUGGACAUUGAAGAGGAGGAGGAGGAGCACUUUGAAGUCAUUAAUGAUGAGGUAAAGGUUGUGGCCAGAAAGCACGGGCAGCCUGGCACUCCUGUUGCCAUAGCAACCCAGCUUCCCCCGAGGACUUCCGCGGCUUUUCCAGCCCAGCAGCAGCCGCUCCAGCCCCUGGCACCCACCACUGUACUGUCUGUCUCUGCGGAUGGGAAUGCGCUUCUCAAGCCACCUAACAAAUGCAUAUGGGGACUCCAGUACCUGGAGAUGUGAAUUCCAUAAAAAUGGAAGCAUCUAAGAGGCAGUGAACACUGGCGCCCACAGAUUCUCCUUUGAUGUCAGAGGCCUCACCUAGAAGUGGGCCAUCCUGGGAUGGGUUUACAGCACCUGGAGGUGACAUCAGGUGUUCCUCUCCAGCAGUCAAUGCCGACAGCACAAAGUAUCUGUGUGCCAAAGUACCUGGCAGGUACUAGUCCAGGAGUGGGCUGUGGGAGCCGGGAGCCAAUGAGGCUCUGAAGCUACCACACACACUGUCAUCUGUUGAUUGUUCCUGGGCAGAGUGGGCCCUUGCACCUGUUUAUUGACCCAGAACUGGGCACAGGCUGGCGGUGUCUGUGCAGACUCAUAGUUUCUCCUACAGGUGAUUAAAAACCAAACUAUCAAG